UUAAAAAAGUUAUAGUUGCGCAUGCUCUGUUGUCAUUUUUGCGCGGGAAAAUAUAUUUACGUUAAAAAUGUGCGAGACUGUGAUCAAUUUAUUGAAAAUUUAUUAUAUUAGUUCAAUUUAGUUAUGCUGAAGUGGAAAAUAAGUUUGGUUUCUUUUAUUGUUAUCAAAUAAGUAAUUAAAAGAUGCAUUUAAAGCUAGAUCCAAGGCGAUUAGCCGGCCGGGUGUUCCCGAUAGUCGGCUGGUCGAGGAGUUACGACCUGCGAACAGGGAUUGGGGAUCUAAUAGCGGGGAUCACUGUGGCGCUUACGCUGAUACCACAGUCGAUCGCAUACGCCUCGCUUGCCGGAUUUGAACCGCAGUAUGGCUUAUACGCUUCGUUCGCUGGUGCGUUUGUGUACGGAUUUAUGGGCACGAUACCGCAAGUAAACAUAGGUCCCACUGCAUUACUUUCUCUACUAACGUUUACUUAUACGAAUGGAACUAAUCCAGAUUUCGCCGUACUCCUAUGUUUUAUUGGCGGUAUCGUUCAAUUCAUCGCUGGAAUCUCACAACUUGGAUUUCUCGUUGAAAUUGUAUCAACCCCGGUUGUAUCUGGGUUCACUUCGGCCGCGGCCAUAACGAUCGCGUCGUCGCAGAUAAAGGGCCUAUUGGGGCUCAAGUUCGACGCCGAGACUUUCAUAUCCACUUGGCGAGGGGUCUUCCACAAUAUCUCCAACACGAGAAUGCAAGAUACACUACUUGGCCUGUCUUGUUGCAUUGUGUUGAUGGGCAUGAAGGCAUUAAAGGAAAUACAUAUCAAAGACGAGAAGGGAGGAAAGAAUAGCGUCAUUGUAAAGCGAACCCUUUGGUUCGUGGGCGUUUCUAGAAACGCCGUUGUUGUCGUUAUUGCGUCGGUGCUGGCUUUCUUCCUGCACCAGGACAGGAACAACCCUUUUAUUUUAACCGGAAACAUAACACCAGGUUUACCAAAACCCCAAGUGCCACCUUUCCACUCGACGAUUGGCAACACGACUGUGAGUGCUGGCGAGAUGUUCUCACAACUCGGCACUGGUCUACUGGUGGUCCCACUUGUGGGGGUUAUUUCCAAUGUGGCGAUCGCGAAGGCAUUUUCGAAAGGCAAAGCGUUGGACGCGACUCAAGAGAUAGUUGCUCUAGGCAUUUGCAAUAUUAUUGGUUCGUUCUUCCGCUCGUUCCCAGUGAAUGGAUCUUUUACGCGAAGCGCUGUGAGCGAUGCGUCGGGGGUUAGGACUCCUGCGGCUGGAUUUUAUACGGGUAUGGUCGUAUUGCUAACAUUAGGACUUCUUACUCCAUAUUUCUAUUUUAUACCAAGAGCUGCUUUAGCAGCUGUUAUAGUUUGUGCUGUAUUGCAUAUGGUCGAUUUGGAUAUAUUGAAGAAACUGUGGAAGACCAACAGAUUGGAUUUAAUACCCUUAGUGGGUACAUUCAUCUGCUGCCUUUUACUCGGAAUAGAAGUGGGCCUGGGAUGCGGGGUGGCCAUUGAUGUACUACUGUUGCUUUACUAUCAGUCGCGGCCGACGUUGGAUAUCCGAUUCGUUAACGACGGCAAUCUCCCACCUCACUACGCAAUGCAUCCAAUCGGUGGGUUGCACUUCGCUAGCGCUGAAAGAGUUCGCUCAAAGUUAAUUUCACUCAAGAACUAUGACGUGGAACCGAGUGCAGUGGAAAUUGUAACGGUUUCACCCACUUCCCUUGUCCCGAACGGGACUUUAGCUAUGGAGCCAAGGGUCUGGCCCAGAAUACUGAUUAUUUACUGUGAUGCCCUCACGCGGGUCGACUUUACGUUCUUACAAAGCAUCAAAAUGUUAGUACAAGAAUGGUCUCACAGUGGCCACGUACUAUGGUGUGACGCUAAACCCUUUAUAAGGGACCAGUUAGAGAAUGUGAUACAAGAUCCAUUGUUCUGUGAUAGUGACCAGUUAAGGAACUUAAUAUUAAGAAUACCCCCAGUACCACAAACUGGUGUGAUCAGUGAUACAUACUUAUAGUUUAGAUUUUUGUGAUAUAAAUGCACUAGCGAUACGCUCCGGCUUCGCCCGUGAUAUCCAACAGUAAAAUAAUUUUUGAUAUCGGUCCAUGAGUUCCUGAGAUAAGCGUGUUCCAACCGAGAAAACAAACACUUCAGCUUUAUAGUAUUAGUAUAGAUUAAUAGCACAAGCACAUUGUUGAAUGUUAUAUAGCAUAAGAAAAUAUUUAAUUUUUUCAGUAUUGGUUUUAUUUUAAGUGUAAAAUUAUAAAAAAUAUAAAUUAACGUACAUUAGAAUGUUUUGGUUCAUAUUGAAAAGAAGGAAUUAAUCAAUUUUUCAUCGAAUCCUUUAUUUAGAUUUGGCAGAUUAUUUACUUAGAAAUCCCGUUCGAAGCAGUUGUUCUUAUUUUAUUAAUAAAAUAGAUUUUGUGUGUCUAUAAUCACAAGUAAGUAUAUGAAACCAACUGAGCAUUCUGCAUAUUUUUGAUUUUCGUAUAAUUUUAUUUAUCGUUUAAAGCUGCUAUAAACGUUGUUCAAAUGUACUGGUAAAUUUAUCAAUAUGCAGUUUCCACUUUAAGCACAGAUAUGUUAACUCUUACUCUAAUUUCGACCUUUAACUAGAUAAUUAAAUAAUAAAAAUGGUUGCCUGUAAAGUCGG